GUUCGUAAAACGUGACCUAAUCACCUUUAUCCAACAUGUCCAAGUGACUUCUCCAGUAGGAAAUAUAUUCCGCACGUGAAGCAAGCUGAUUGUUCCAAGUUUCCAUCCAAUAGUGUCCUGUCUGAGUUUCUCCUGGAUGAGGUAGUCUCGAUCGGUACUACCGUCGGCACGUGAAAUAAGUUAGACAUAUUCUGAAAAAUAGCAGUACGAGUGAAAAAGUGAGGGAAGGAAGACGACGACGAAAACUUUAGCGGCGAACCUGGUGUGAUACGAAUGAAGAGCUUUGUUUUGCACUAAUUCUGCAAAAUUUAGGCAAGUGUACCUUAACGUCUCCAAAAUUUUAACGCUAGUUAUCAUUUAACGCAAGUUUUAACACCGGAGUCGCCAGUAAGAAAUUAGACAGAACAUCUAAGCUUAAUGUUGUUUUGGACAAUUUGAAAAAGAGUACGUUUAUUUCUUCGUCAGGUUGAUCACAAUGACCGCCAACUUUCUUAAAGAUUACAUGGACUUGGAUGAGUUUUUGGCCGUCAAAGAUCUUUGCACUGGCCUUUCUCGAACUGAGAGUGAUUACUCGGAAGAUGAAAUCGAUCAAGACAUCGCUAAUCUCGUGGACGAUGAAGAUGUCCCUCCGUUUUACACCUUUCCACCUUCGAAUAUUCCUCAGCUAUCUCCAGAUUGCUUCGGAGGUAGUACCAGCGAUACGGACGAGGGACGAGGUGAGAGUGUUAGCUCUGAAAAUCCUGCCUCUUUAAGCUCGAGCGAGUCCCUUAAUUCAAAUGAGACCGAGAGAGCCUCUCCCAAGAAGAGAAAGCGCAAAUCAACAGCGAAAAAUGACGACGCACAGAAAACAAGUGCACCGCGAAGAAGGAGAAGGAAAGCAGAAGAUACCAAAGAGAAACAGGGGAAUACAACAGCUGGCAAUGAUGAGGGAAAACAGCCGCGAAAGAUCUCCCGACAGACAGUGAACGACGAUGUUAAAGAUGAAAAAUACUGGGAGAGAAGGAGGAAGAACAAUCAAGCUGCCAAAAGAUCUCGAGAUCUCAAGAGACAGAAAGAGUUAUGUGUUGCGGAAAGAGCUGCUUCGCUGGAAGACGAGAACAGACAGUUACGAGAGGAAGUUCAGAAACUUCGUGACUAUCUCAGAACUCUAGACGAAAAGAUGGAUAAAUCUUCUACAGACUCUCAGUGAAGAAAUCUCCUUUGCACAAGAUGCUGUAAAUAUUGAUUUUGUUCCCUCGCCCUUUCCUUAGGGCUAAAGUCUUCUGCACUGAAAAUUCACCAUGGAAAGCUGCUGACCAAUUUUGUGGCAAUACUUAAGUUUCCAGCACUAAUUACAGGGUUUAAUGCCAACCUGUUAUCAAGAGUGUGCAGUUGUACUGUACCUUGCCAGACACUUGGACUGGACUCUACCUAUUCAUGUUCAAGGUGGGGACGUUAUUUGGUAUUUGAGGCUUUGCUCUUGCAAAGCACAGGUACCAUAAACAAGUGAGCUAAAGUUUUGGGUGACUUGAUGUGUAUUGUCUUCAUAUGAAGUCUAAGAAGAGCUUGGCACCCAAGAUUUCUGACAGGAAAGCCUUUGUCUUUUAGCUGUUGAAAUGUCAGGGAUAUAUCGAGUGCUAGCCUUGUUGUGUCUAGCAAUGAUAGAUGGGGUAUACCCAAAUGCUCUGUGAAUUUUGAGACAAAAGUUAAUUUUACAUUCGCACCCUUUCACAAAUCCAUGUGCAAAAUGGCUCAAGGUAAGCCAACUGUACUUUUCAUAGAUAAAAGAAUCUGAAAUUUUUAAUCAACUAUAAUUUUUCAUAUUGACAGGAAUUAGCUGAUGAGUUCCUGGCAUCCUAUUAAAUAUUGACAAACAAUUUUGAGUUAACUUGUUCACUGUAAUAAUUAUUGUAAGUAAGUAUGUUCAGAGAAGGUUAUGAUUCCAAGAAUUAUGAUGCAGAAAUAGGUAGUGAUAGCAGGUAGUAAUAAUGAUAUGCAUUCAUAAUUCAUACUUGAUAUUCUUGUAAAAUUAUAGCAGUGUGUUAUUUAUAGAUUCUGGAUAACAGCUCCAAACUUGGAAGUUGGUGAUCAAACACCAAAUAGGAGUAGUUUUUACAGGUUAAUUAUGGAAAGUGAUGAAAUGAUAUCACUGUUGAAUUAAGAAAUACCUUUUCAAAUUUGAUUGAAGUAGUUCUAGUAUGUUUACAUAUUUUAUUUGCCAAAGUGUUGUAAUGGAACAUGUCGGUGUAUGUAUUUUUUUUUUCUAUCUCACACUGGAGAAAUGUGACAUCAACAUUUACACCUUGGUCUGGUAGUGUUUCAAAACAAUUGGUAUUGAUUGAUGUGUAGUUUCAUUAGGUGUUUGACAAGGUAACCAAAAUAAUAAUUAAAAAAGUUUGGAUUUGUUGUUUGUAGUAUGUAUUGUUGUUUCUGUAGUACUGCUUUACCCUUGUACAAGAAGUCCUUUGCUCAUUUUGGAAGAUUAGACCUUUGCUGAUUUUUUUUUUUUUUUAUUGAUAAUGAAGAACUCCAUCAGGGAAA